UGCAGAUAAAAGCAGCGACAGACUGAAGGAGAAGCAGCAGUUUGUUCCUCUGAAGCCACAAAGUCUCUUCACUUUACCUGCAGAGCAUCAGACGGGUCCAACAUCGUUUCAGCAGAAAUCUGACAAUGAAGCUGGGUUCAGUCGUCCUCCUCCUUCUGGCUCCGCUGUCGACCAGCUGCUACGAUCUCUUCCAAACGCCGGACUGCAGCGACAUCCAUCAUCAAGACAACAGCCUCCCCAGUGGAGAGUACACCAUCUAUCCCGCUGGAGAGAGGUCUGCUGUCCAGGCGUACUGUGACAUGAAGUCAGAAGGAGGAGGAUGGACGGUAAUCCAGAGGAGGAUGGACGGCUCGGUGAACUUCUACCGGCCCUGGGAUCAAUACAAGCUCGGCUUCGGUAGCGCAGUAGGAGAGCACUGGCUCGGUCUUGACAACAUCCACUACCUGACGCACAACAAAAAAUAUGAGCUGCUGGUCGAGAUGGAGGACUUCGAUGGGAAAAAAGUGUUUGCUCGCUACUCUCAGUUCUCCGUCGGUGCAGAGUGUGACGGGUUUGUACUGAAAGUAUCUGGAUUCACCAACGGAGGUGCAGGAGACUCCCUGAGUUAUCACAGCGGGCAGAAGUUCACCACCUUCGACAAAGACCAAGACUCGAAUGCAGGGAACUGUGCCAAAAGAUUCUUGGGGGCAUUCUGGUACAAUACCUGUCACAGUUCAAACCCCAACGGGGUUUAUCGUUGGGGGGCUGAUGGCACUGUCCAUGCUGUUGGAGUUUCUUGGUACCAUUGGAAGGGUCAUGACUACUCCCUGAAGGCCAUCAGCAUGAAGAUCCGUCCUGUGCACUAGUUCAGGACCAACGUUCAGCAGAAUAUCAGAUGAUCUCCUGUGAUUUCUUUCUCUUUCUCUCAUUAAACAUGUAAUCUCACUGUAGGCCUUAUGUUCCUGAAACUGAUCAACAGCACAAGAAAACCUGCUGAUGUUUGAAAUGUUUGUUGCCAUCUCAAAUAGAAAAACAUUUAUAGAAUCACUGCAGUAACUGCUGAAACCAUUUUAAAAGAGCAAAACGUGGAGUAUAAAGUAUAAAACCAUGUUUCAGUCUAGGACAGUUGGUUGUUUGGUGGAGGUUUGAAACCCUGAUGUGAAUCAUUAUCUAAUGUAUGACA